CUUCAGUUAUAGACACCGUUGGGUCAACACCCGUGCUACUGGGGCUCAAGUUUGUGUAUUGAUGCAAAGUACAGUACAGUGCAUAAUUUUCUCCACUUAUAAGAAAAUUUUUUACUUUUAUUACUGGGUAUAGUGUGGGACAUACUGUAUUAACAAUUACCACAUUUUUGGAGAACAAUGGCUUGGACAAAGAAACAAACACUCAUUGCCCUGUUGAUGGUCGUCACUGGCUCCAUUAAUACGCUGUCAACGAAAUGGGCAGAUCAAAUGACAGCAGUGAAUAGUGCAGGUGAUGAUGUCCCCUUUGUUCAUCCAUACUUCCAGACUGAUGGCAUGUUUAUUGGAGAGAUAUCUUGUAUGUUUGCUUUUUAUAUACUCCGUUGUUGGACUCGAAGACGGCGUCUUGGACAAGUGGAAAUGGCACCUUCAAAUGAACAAAAUACCCAUUUUCCAAAGUUGGUUCUCCUACUGCCAGCCAUGUGUGACACCCUGGCCACAUCAACUAUGUACUUAGGUCUCACUCUCACAUAUGCCAGCUCCUUCCAGAUGUUAAGAGGUGCUGUUAUUGUGUUUACUGGACUUUUGUCAGUUGCCUUCUUGGGACGUAAAAUGAGAUACUUCCAGUGGAUAGGUAUCUUUGUUGUCAUCGCUGGUCUUGUUAUUGUGGGAGUCUCUGAUUUUAUAGGAGGCAAUGAAACUAGCGGAUACACCACCAAUGGCAUUAUUACAGGGGAUCUUCUGAUCAUCGCAGCUCAGGUUGUGACAGCUACUCAGAUGGUGCUAGAGGAGAAGUUUGUGACUAAGCUUAAUGUUCCUCCACUGCUGGUUGUAGGAUGGGAAGGGCUGUUUGGCUUUACUAUUAUGACAAUUCUUCUGGUGCCCUUCAACUGGAUCCAAGUUGGUGCUUUUAGUGGCAACCCUCGUCAUGUGUUGGAGGAUAUUCCUGAUGCAUUUACCCAGCUGGGCAACAAUCCUACUCUGAUUGCCCCAAUUGUAGGCAACAUCGUCAGUAUAGCAUUUUUCAACUUUGCUGGUGUUAGUGUAACAAAGGAGUUGUCAGCCACCACCCGCAUGGUACUUGACUCUGUGCGAACCUUCAUCAUCUGGAUCAUUGCUCUUCUUAUACCAUGGCAGAAAUUCCAAUACUUGCAGCCCAUAGGGUUUGCUGUGCUGCUAGUUGGUAUGAUGCUGUAUAAUGAUGUUGUGAUACUGCCAAUCCUGAGAAAAUAUGGAUGGCUCAAUGAUGCCCAGCCAGAAGAUGUUGAGCCAGUUCUUGCAUCAAGUUCUUCUGAAAGAACAACAGAAUCUGUGGAGAAGGACGGCAUUGAUAACCCUAAUGCUACAGUAGAACCUUUAUAAGUGAAGAGUGUAGUAUUUAGUGUUAGAUACCAACCGGUCUUGGUGAGGCUACUUUACCUGUGUAAGCAAUAAUAGAAGCUUCUUCCUUCUUUUAUCAACAUCAGUUUCAAUAUAAAAUGCAAUUGAGAAAAAAUUUUUGUUUGCCUUAAAUAGUAUUCAUGCACUGUAAUUUGUAUUUUAUUAUUAUUAUUAUUAUUAUUAUUAUUAUUAUUA